CGACGGUGCGCACUUUUGGCCUUGGAGCAACGACAAAGGAUGUUACUAUUGCUGCUUGCUUGUCUGCUUUGCACUCCGGUGUUUAGUGCAAUUCACGUUGACCAGGCUGGUGCGACAGAUUGGCACAAGGAGCUCGUGGGGACCCCCAGCCAUGUGUUUUACACGCGGACAGGCCAAAGGUCACAACUGUUUGUGGGAACAGAAAGGAACGUACUUGCCCUGAUAUCCCCUAAAACGGGCAAUUCUGUGUGGCGACAGGUUCUGGAGCCUUCGGACGAUCUUCUCUCAGUACGUCUCGGUUCGCAUGGGUUAGUGUCCAUAUCCGGCAGACGAUUGAUUCAUACGCGCCUCUGGGAUGCUCAAACGGGAUUCCUUGUUUGGGAUCAGUCAUCUGAUGGAAAUGUGAGCAAGCCCGCCGCAGAUCUGACCUUUACCGGCGGCGGUGAUGUUGUGACGCUGAUAAAUGGCGAAACUGUUACUCGACUGAGCGGUGAAGAAGGAAGCAUCUUAUGGUCUUCUAAAUUGGAGACAAGUGCCACUUACCGUUGUAUAUAUGCCCAUGGGAGAGUCUUGUACCUUAUUGGCACGAAACAAUCGCGCGACUAUCCAGAGGUCUCCAUCAUUCAGAUGGACGCCAUUACGGGACGCAUCAUCGAGGAAUAUCAACCUCCUAAUGGUGCAGUACGUGCAUCUGAGGAUAUCUUCGUGGCUGGCGACGUGGAGCACGUGUAUUUAUAUUGGAAUGGGGUGGCAAGAGCCUAUAGGCAUAUAUUAGGGCGCCAAGCAGACGUGGAGGAAGUGGAGGAGGUAUUCGGAAUUGAGAGUGCUGAAAUCGUUACGGUGUUGCAACCAGAGACUAUGCACCCAGAUAUAAUUAUCCGUGCCAAAGACAAGUACCUCAUUGCACGAAACCCACACACUGUCGUCCACACGUUUCAGCGGGCUCAUCUUGAGGGCAAUAUUUUUGCGACUGCCCAUAGUCUUGGCAAAACCCACGUGCUCCGGCUCACCAGAGGAUCUGGGAAGGAGCUACGAGCCGAACUGGUUGAUAGCACGUCCGCAAAGGCCAUUGGUACAUAUUCGAUCCCAUUUAUUGAAAGAAUGUCCGGCCCUGUUCAGAAGGCAUUUCUCGAUGUAUUUCCCAAGAAGGACGGCUCCAUUGGCUUUCGCAUUUUCAUCAUUACAGCAGAUGGUUCAACUAAACUGUUGAAAGACGGCGCGAUUGUAUGGACGAAGGAGGAGGCUUUGACCAAAGCUUCUGCAGCCGUCUACGUCGAUCUUCCUGAAAAGAGUCUAUUGUCUCAAGUGCACGACGAAUUGAACGAACAACCGGAAGAGACAGCUUCAAUCACGUCGAUCGAACGCUACAUGAGACGCGUCCGGUCUCAUUACAAUAAAGUGAAGGCAUUACCAGAGCGCAUUGUGGCUAUGUCGAAGUAUCUCUUCGGUAGUAGCAAUACUCACGAUGACAUGGAUCUUCGAGCAGAUAUGCUGGGUGUUCGGAAAGUCAUUGUCUUCGCCUCGAAAACUGGGAAGGUUGUCGCCUACGAUACUGAGAGAGGUCGAACGGUAUGGGAGAGGUAUUUUGGCGGUAUCUCGUUCUGGCAAGUGGAAAAUAUACGGACAUCGGUAGUCAAGUACCCGCCUGUUAUUACCCUUGUGGGUAACCGGGAUGAAUCGACUUCGCUGUUAUACAGAUUGAAUGCGUUGACAGGCGAUGACUAUCCUGGGGAUGGUUCUAAUGCAACAUCGGAAUUUGGCCUCAUUCGCAAGGUGAUGAGGCUUCCUUUGGAAGAACCCGAGGACAGAACGCACUUGUUGGCAUUGGUUGGACAAGAUUCUCAGGUCUAUCUGCAUCCGGAUUCUCCCGUAGCAAGGGGCGCCUUCGAGACAUUUCUUCCUACCUUUCAUCUUUACUUAACGGAAGGAGUAGGAUCCUCGGAACUAGGCGGUUUCAAAGUCGCACAAUCACCGGAUGGCAAUUACAAGCUGAUCUCAACGUGGAAGGUGGAAUUUCCUGAUGAUGAGAAAAUUGCCGCACUCGGUGAAGUAUCCAAACAUGAGCACGUUGCUUCGCUAGGACGGGUACUAGGCAAUCGCUCGGUUCUGUACAAAUAUCUGAACCCGAAUCUGCUGGCUCUCGCUACCAUCGCAACUACUGGCACUGGACCUUUCGAUGCACAGUUCACCUCUGUUGUCCUAUUGUAUCUUAUUGACACAGUUACCGGUAGCAUCCACUACCGAGCUGAGUUCAAGGGAGCUGGACACGUUUUGCCCGACAUUCCCUCGAUACACCUUGUACAAAGUGAAAAUUGGGCGGUGGUAUCCUACUGGAAUCAUGGUCCGGAGGCAGCUCCAUCACAAAUUGAUCAGUCGACCAUUGAAACAGAGCAGGAUCUCAAGAAGAAAAGGAAGAAGAAGAGAAAACCGGCAGCUGCGACAAGUUUUGCUGUACCAGAUGCGAAGGGGUUUGAAAUGGCUACCCUGGAGUUUUACGAAAGUGCAAAACCAGAUUCACGGCUUGAAAGCAAUACUUUUUCCUCCUUCCAAUCGAAACGGCCACAUGUCAUCGCACAGAGCUACGCAUUCCCUAAGCGCAUUAACGCGAUGGCGCUAACAGCAACUGGAGCAGGAAUCACAACUAAGGAAGUUUUACUUGGACUCGCAGAGGGUCACCUCUACGGCGUGAAUAAGAGACUGCUUGAUCCGCGUCGACCGGUUGGGGCACCAACAGCGGAUGAGAAAGAGGAAGGCGUGCUACCAUAUCGCGCAACCUUGGAUUUCAAUCCAAAAGAAGUUGCUUCGUAUCAUUUAUAUGUUCCGCGCAUUGAGCAUGUCCUCAGCUCUGCCACCAAAUUGGAAUCCACUUCUCUGACCAUUGCGUGGGGUUUGGACAUAUUUUGCGCACGGCGAAGCCCCAGCAAGGCCUUCGAUGUGCUGAGCGAGGGAUUCAACUACGGUGCGCUAUUGACAACCAUAGCAGCGUUGAUUUUAGGUAUUUGGGUAGCUAAAGGAAUGGCACAGCGUAAGAAGUUGAAUGAUUUGUGGAAAUAAGUUUGUGUCCAUUGGCUGGUAGAAUACACUCGGUUUUUUGCUUGACGUGAUCCCAGAUCCUAUCUUCCAAGCGAUUGAUUAUAGCUAAGGUUCUAUGCGUUUUCUCUCUAUGAUAAAGAAAAAGUGUCCACCAGAAACCUCAUGGCGAUCUGGGAACUGUUCGAAA